AUGCGAUAUACUCAAUGGCUUCUCAUCCAGGCUGUUCUACAAGUCAUGGUGGUGGUGCUAUUUGGCUUUUGCCUCACCAAACUUGGAUUCUUCACAAAUGACAAGCAAAAGUGGCUAUCCAAAUUGAAUCUUGUGUUCUUCACGCCGUGCCUGAUGUUUAGCAAUAUUGCAUCGACUAUUUCAAUGGAGCAUCUCUUGGCAUUCUGGCCCAUCCCAGCCUUUUUUGCUGUGUACGCAACGUUGACAUUUACAAUGGGCAAUUUGAUGGGACAUCUAUUCGGGUUAAAUGCACCUUAUCGCCGCUUUGUGCUAGCAUGUGCCAUGUUUGGCAACACCAAUUCGCUACCGAUCGCCAUUAUUACUAGUUUGGCUGUCUCAGAAGCAGGCAAGACAUUGUUUUGGAACGAGGAAGAUACUCAAGAAUCGGUUGCAGCAAGAGGUGUCUCGUACAUUUUGUUCUUUGCUAUCUUUGGCAAUUUGCUGCGUUGGUCCUACGGAUACAGCCUUUUACAGAAACUUCCAGAGGACGAAGAGGAAUUCAACAACAACAUCGAUGACGGUGCCUCGGGUCGUUCCUCAUCUGCAUCGUCAGCCACAAACUAUGGUGCAACAAACGAUGCAGAACAAGGUCGUCGUCAAAUGCCGGAUCGUACUUUGAGCUCGACUACGCUGACAGCUGCAAUCCAACCAGAGGAUGGUAUCAAAGCCAAGGCAAAUCAAGAAACCAGCUCAUUGUUGCCUACGAGUACAUCGCCAUCAUCGCCCACACAAUCCUUGUCUUUUAAGGGUAUUGUUAUUCAAGCGAUCAUGCGUAUCCAUAGUUUCAUGUCGCCACCCCUUUAUGCGGCGUUUCUCGGUUUGCUUGUUGGAUUGUCACCUCUCAAACACGUCAUGUACGAUAAGGACUCCUUCCUUUAUCCUUGCUUUACAAAGGCAAUUGAAUCGUGUGGUCGCGCCGCAGUCCCUUUGAUCUUGACAUGUUUGGGUGCUCAGCUGACAAUCAUUUCACAAUCGCAACAACCAGCAUCACCAGCCAUGAAAAAACCUGUUUUUGUUGCUAUUUUGGUGCGUGUGAUCAUCAUGGCUUGCUUUAGCGUUCCAAUCACUUGCGCAUUCGUCAUCUAUGGAUCACAAUGGAGUCUCCUUGCCAGCGACCCUGUAUUUAUUACGCUUAUGAUCGUCCUUGGAUGUACACCAACAGCCAUCAACCUCGUGCAGAUUACUCAAGUGAAUGCCAUUUUUGAAGAGGAGAUGUUACGGAUGCUGUUUUGGAGUUAUGGCGUCGUUUGUGUACCUGUUUGCACUGUGGUGGUGUUUGUUGCAUUGAGUGUUGUCGACAAGCUGCUGUAA